AUGCCAGACCCCUUCGUGCUAAGAUGGGGCAUCAUGGCCACCGGCGCCAUGUCCGAAUACUUCUGCAAAGACCUUCUCACCAAUCCAUCAACCCGCGCCGUCACCGACAUAUCCCACACCAUCGCCGCCGUCUCCUCCUCCAACGACCCCUCUAAAGCCACCGCCUUUCUGUCCCGCAUCGCCCACCCGGCUCCGUCCACUGUAAACACCUACGGCUCAUACCAAGCCCUGCCACCACUUCCAAACGCCAUGCUUGCCCUCACCGCGGGGAAACACGUGCUCUGCGAGAAGGCGCUGUGCGUCACCGCGGCGCAGGCGCGUUGCUUGGUGCUCACUGCAAAGGAGAGGAAGCUGUUCUUCAUGGAGGGCGUGUGGACGCGCUUUUUCCCGCUGAGCAGGCGGAUUUGCGAGUUGGUUAGUGGGGGCGAGAUUGGGACGGUCUAUCGUGUUUCAGCGGACCUCUCGCGGGCGAAUGGUGACGGCGACGAUGUGACGGGUAAGAGGUUGGAUUACGAGGACAGGCAUCGUAUGGUGAAUCCCGAGCUGGCCGGGGGCGUGCUACUUGGGCUGGGUGUGUACGCGCUCACGUGGGUGUUUCAGAUCCUCUACCACCUCCAAUCCGAGGAUGAGAAGGAGGCGCCGGAGGUGAAGGCUGCGGUGCAGAAGUACCACACGGGGAUUGACGAGUCCGUCGCGAUGCUGCUCAGCUUUCCGCGCCAUGGGGCGGUCGGGGUUGCUACUGCGUCGUUGCGCGUGGCGACGGAUCCCGGGGAGACCGGGAACCCGGCGGUGAGGAUACAAGGGUCCAAAGGGGAGAUACAGGUGGCGCAUCCGGCGUAUAAACCGGCCUUGUUCAGGAUCAUCAAGCAGCACGGCAAUGGCGGGGAAAGUGUGGAAGAGGUGGUUGAGUGUCCGCAGCCGCAGGAUGGUGAGCGGAGAUGGGGGAAUGGGACGUUCUGGGAGGCGGAUGAGAGUGCGAGGUGUAUCCGGAAUGGAAGGUUGGAGAGUGAGAUUAUGCCGUGGGCGGAGAGUGUGUUGGUAAUGGAGACGAUGGACAAGGUUUUGCGCGGGGCUGAGAUUAUGUAUCCGGACGUCAUCUCGAGCUGUGAAUUUGAUUCGCUCAGUCCGUUAAAUACGGGCAGCUGGGUUUAG